AUGGGGUCUGGCUCAUCAAGAGAACCUCCCAAACAUCCCGAGCAACAGCAUCGUGAUAAUGGCCCAUUCUCAGAGGCCGCCAUGGCCAGAAGAGCCGAUAAGAUACGCCAAAUGUUUCCAAUCGCCACCACGGCUGACAAUACUAGUUCACCCGUCGAUUACACAGCCUUCACACCGCCAGAUUCUCCUUCAUUGUUUACCACGCUGCCUCCCGAACUCAUAGAGAAAACUGUGAACCAUCUAGACAAUCGCUCAAUCAAGAGUCUGCGCUUGACCUGUAGACGCUUUGGCACCAUCAACCUGCGCAUCAAUCGAGUCUUUCUUUCCGCUAAUCUGCUGAAUAUUCAAGUCUUCCGCUCUAUUGCCGAUCAUGGCUUCUAUCGCAAGGGCAUUACCGAGAUCAUUUAUGACGAUGCACUCUUUUAUCGCUCAUUUGACGACCAAUGCGUUGAAUCAAAUGAGUGGUCUUCCCUAAGCUAUCCAUUUCUAGAGCUAUCAAUAGAUAAGAAUUGGUUUUACACUGAGCGGGACGACCACAUAUCCGAGUUGAAAAAUCGCCAACUCACUGAUAGACCAGGCCGUCCUGAGAAUGUGAUACGAGCACUGCAAGCACGUGCCGAAUUAUCCUUCUUAGAGUCAUGGAUAUAUUACCAAGAUCUUCUGAGCCAACAGGAUGAAGUAUUUGCCAGUGGAGCUGAUGCCGAGGCUCUUCGAUAUGGUCUGCGACGGUUUCCUGCGCUGCAGAGAGUCACUGUUACACCUGCUGCUCAUGGGUGGUUAUUCACCCCUCUCUAUGAUACUCCAAUGAUCCGAGCCUUCCCCUACGGGUUUAACUAUCCAAUUCCUCGCGGCUGGCCAACUCGACGGGCCGGUGAAGCUACUAAAUUUGACAAGCCAUGGGAGGAUUCAAAGACGAAAUGGCGUGGCUACUGUCUAGUCACCGAAAUUUUGGCUCAAGAGCGGCAGCACCACCGUGUCUCUGAACUCUCCAUCGACGCCCAUUAUCUUCAUACCGGCGUUAACUGCCGCCUCUUUCAGCAGCGGUGCCAGGAAUACCUUAAUUUUCUAUCUGUUCUUCAGCAGCCUAACUUGAAGAAGUUGCAAUUAUCCCUUAAUGUGGAUGGACAAGAACGCUCAAAUUGGCCAGCUUUUCGCAGCGGCCUAUUACGCAACGCCCUAGCAGAAGCUUCACACCUUGAGCAUUUCAGCAUGGAGACAAACUGGGAUGCAAAUUAUUACAGAGCAGAGACUCUGCCACCGGCGCUGCGAUCGUUUCUUCCUCUUGAUCAUUGGACUGGGCUGCGGCACUUUCGGUUGUGGAACUUCCCAGUGGUGUGCGCUGAUCUAAUAAGGGCGCUAUCACAGCUUACUGGGCUGCAGUCUCUUGAGUUGGGGUUUUUGUCUUUAUAUCCUGCCUCUGAUUUUGAGUUGCUCAAUGAGAUGCGCGACUCGCUGCGUUGGCAUGAGUGGCUUACGCCACCAAGAGUCGACUAUGUUGUACCUAUCCCGGGUGAGCAUACUCAAGGGCGCGCGAUUUGGCUUCAUGAAGCCGUUGCAAAUUUCUUAUAUUAUGGUGAUACAAAUCCCUUCGAUACUGCGACUCGUAAGGUCGCCCGUGGAGCGGGCAUAAUUAGAGAUGCAUAUGAUCCAGCAUUUGAGAGGCCAUAUGAUUACUAG